UAGCAUGCACUAGUAUCGAAGGUGUGGUUUAUUUUCGGAGUGAUCAAGAGACUUUUUGGACAUAUUUCUUCCAAAAUGGGGGGCUCAGUGUCAAGAUCAGACUUUGCAUGGGUGUACACUGAUGAACCACACUUCACAAGAAGAAAGGAGAUGCUAAAAAAAUAUCCACAAAUCAAGAGGCUAAUGGGAUACGAUACCAACAUUGCAAACAUCAUGCUUGCCAUGGUUUUGGUCCAAGUUAUCACGUCAUACCUUCUCCGGAACGAAUCAUGGAUGACCAUUGUCAUCGUAGGCUACUGCUUUGGAGGGGUGGUCAAUCAUUCCAUGACCCUGGCACUACACGAGGUUGGUCACAACUUGGCGUAUGGACAUGCUAAACCAAUGUGGAACAGGAUAAUAGGAUUCAUUGGUAAUCUGGUGAUAGGUGUACCCAUUUCAGUGUCUUUCAAGAGAUAUCACCAGGAUCAUCACAAGUAUCAGGGUGAAGACACCUUGGAUCCUGAUAUCCCAUCAGAAUGGGAAGGCAUCCUCUUUAGAAAGCCUUUUACUAAAGCUAUCUGGAUGCUCCUACAGCCAGCUUUCUAUGCCUUCAGACCAUUCAUCAAGAGACCUAAGGUUCCCAGCAAGCUAGAGAUCAUCAACCUUGCUAUCCAGAUAGUCUUCAAUGCAGCCAUCAUCUAUUUCUUCAGUCUGAAGGCUUACAUCUAUCUCAUCUUGGGGUCUAUGAUGACCAUGGGUCUUCAUCCUCUGGCUGGUCACUUCAUCUCAGAGCACUACCUCUAUGAGGAAGGACACGAGACAUAUUCUUACUAUGGACCUUUCAAUUACAUUGCCUUCAAUGUGGGAUACCACAUGGAGCACCAUGAUUUCCCAAACAUCCCCGGAUACAAACUUCCACUUAUCAGGAAGAUCGCACCAGAGUACUACGAUCCACUGCCAACUCAUGAAUCCUUUGCUAAAGUAGUAUGGGAUUUCAUCAUGAGCCCUAAGAUAGGACCUUAUGCUCGUGUCAAGCGACCCAACUCUAUUGACCCCACGUCCAUUGACCCCUGGGAUAUGCCCCAUUAGUGUCUGCUCUGUGUGAGUGUCUGGUGUGGGUGUGUCUUUCUGCAAUCAUAUCAACUAAUUUAUAUACAGUUCAUAGACGUUCAUAAUUCUUUUGUCAGGGAAGAGCCAGAAGGGUGUUAACUUGUUUCAUGUAGAGUCAAUGCCCUUCUGGCUCUCAGCAAACAGUCUGUACGUUAUGCGUAAUGCAUAGAUUCCUUCAUCGGGUGGAACUAUUUUCUUUUAGGUUUUGCGCAAUCUUUGAUGGUGCUGGGGAAUGUUGCGUCUAUUCACAGAAUCUUGCUCUCACCAUAUGUCAAGAAAUUUGGAUUAAAAAACUUGUCCAUUUUGAAUUCCACCGAAAGAUGAACCAAUUUUAUAUGAAUUUUGUUUUAAGUCCAAUUUUGAAGGUGGUAUGGACUAUCUAUGGAAUAAAUGCUAUAUUUGAUGCAGGAUAGGUCAUUAUUUGACUGCAGUAUAAGCAGAAUGAUAAUAUAAGUCAAACUUUGUAAAAAAAAUUGGCAAUCAAUCUGUAUGUUAUACAUGUAUUUACUUAGGUAAGUCCAUUUUAUGUCAUUUAUUGCAAUAUAAGCAGAAUAAUAAAAUUCGUAAAAUUUUGAGUUCGUAUUGGUUAUGUUACGGUCUCUCAUAUACAUUUCAUGUGUUUUGGCAUUACAAGGAAUUUUGUUUGUAAGAAAGUUACCCUUUGACUUACUUGACUGUAAGCAUCAUUUCUUUGUUUGUGCACUAUAUGUACAUACAUGUAUAUGAUGAAAGAUAUAUAGAACGAUCAAUAGUAUGUUCACUGUUGUUUUUUAACCCAGUUGGAUCAAGAAACUCCCUGAAUCCUGAAAAGAAAAACUUUUUAAACAAUUUUUUAUGAAUAAAUCUUUGCAUGCCUUUGGUCACUUUGCCUGAUCAGUACAAGACACUCAUACUUCUUCAUUGACCAUUCUUUUACCUGUAAGUGGUCAUAGUAUAAGGAGUCUGUGAUUGAACAGUACUACAUUGCAGACUAAAUACGGGACCUCAUGCUUGUCUGUAAAAAUGGUUAUCUGUUACCUUUAUGAAAACUGUCGAUUCGAUCUCUUCAGCCAUUCCACUUUAUAAAAUUGAAAGUGUUUGACAAUACUUUCAGGGUUAAUUUACUCUUAUCUUAUUAGACAACAAGAUGAAUCAACUGUCACAUAACUGAUGUAUCAUUCAGGUAUGAAUGAUGAGCCGAAUAGCUGUAUGUUAUACAGAGCUAGGAUCUUUAUUAUCCUUUUAACAAGGGUUAUUUGUUUCAUCCGAAAAUUUAAAAAAAAUAGCUUGGGUGACCAAUGAUAACAAAACCAAUUAUUUGUUUAGGAAGUUGGCUGGAUGUCAAGUGGUAUGGCACAGUGAAAUGUCAUAAUGUUAGAGGUGCUGUAGUCUAGUGAUUAAAUCCCUUGACUGGGAAUGCAAAGAUUGUGGGUUUGACUGGCACUUAUGCCCUUAAGCAAAGCGUUUAUCUACAUUGUUCCUCUCCAGCCUUUCAAGUGUGGAUUCCUUUUUUGCCUGAAAUAUUGACAAAUUUUUUCCUUUUAAUCUUAAAAAUAACUAAAAAUUCCUUUAAUCUUGUGCUACAUGACUGAUGACCUUGUAUUGGGUUCAUUAUGAUUAAACUUUUUGUAAGGAAAAGUAUGAUUUUACCAUUCUUGUGACAAAACAGUGUGAAAUAUUUGAUCUAACUUUCAUUUUAGUAGAUAGCAAAUUAGCAAUAUGCAGUUUGUUACAUGUUGCAGUUCAUUGUAUGCUACAGUAUUUAUAUGAUUACUUGAUAGACUUCAGAAUGACUUUGUUUUCAUUAUAAAUGUAAUAAUGGUUAUAUGUAUGAAUCAUGCUAUUGCCAGACAUGAAUGUUAAUCAUUUCUGAGAGAAUAUUAACAGGAGAGCUGGCACAAUUAAAAAUGAAUAAAAUAAAUUGUUUCUAUAUUUCUUGGGAAA